CAUAGAAAACAGUUUGUUUAAAUUGUACUAAUAUUUCACAAUUUUACUGCAUCAGAUAAUGCAGCCUUGGUGACCAGAAAAGACAAAAAAAAGUAUGUUUUUGGAUGUACACCACUUUUACACAAUCAAACCGGUGAUUUACAGUACUUAAAGAUUCAACAGAGCAUCUCUCAUUAUUAAAACUGAUGUUUAGACAGCAAAAAAAUAAAAAAAAUUCUGUAUGAAUUAAAGAUUUCAAAGCAGGAUAAUGAAAAAAAAAAAUGUACUUGUACCAUUAAUGCACAUCUCAAACAUCUUUCUUUCCCACAAGUAAUCACAAACUAAACAGAAAAUGAUAAAUAAACACAAUAACAAUAUAGUAAAUAAUUGUAAAUAUAUGUAAAAAUCAUGUCUUGAACUCGGGUGUCCAAGGUUUAAAUGUCUCAUUCGUCUCUUUGUAGGAUAAUCGAUGUGUUAUUGGUUGGAAAGAGGGUCAACUCUUCAUCCUUCUCUACAGUCGUAGGAUCAUCCAGCGCGACCCCCUGCGCUCUCUCCGUCACGAUGAGCAUCGCUGAGAAAGCGCGCAAGCCGAAGAAGCCUCACUACGUGCCCCGUCCCCCCGGCAAGCCCUUCAGAUACCAGUGCUUCCAGUGUCCCUUCACCUGUAACCAGAAAUCACACCUGUUCAACCACAUGAAGCACAACCUGUGCCACGCCUCCAUCUCCGUCAGCUCCGGCCGCCGCGAGCCCUCGAGCCCUGAACCCUCACGUCCUCCAGACGUCUGCGAGGAAACCUCAUCUCCUGUGUGGAGACCCCAGGUGCUCCGUCCUCACGGUCCCGGGUCGGUCUGGAGGUCUCCAGCCACUCUCCAGAACGAGCCGCAUCUGCAGGAAAGAGCGGAGGGUUUUCCCUGUCAUCCGGGCUUUCGUUCCCACGCCGCUCCUGCAGGUUUCCUCCCGCUGUAUCCUCACUAUCAGCCGUACAUCCUCGGACUGUGUCCUCAGAUGUUGUUCCCGAUGGGAGAGGAGUGUUUGAGGUACUACAACUUGAUCCCGGCUCACAGCUACGGUCCGCCGGAGCAAUCGCUCCCCUCCCCGUACUCUAUGAUGUACGUGGGCUCUGCGUAUGAUCCGUAUGCGCUCGUCGUGAAUCUGAAGGAGGUUCAGGUGAGUCCACAGAUGGGACGCUCUGCUGCCGGAUCUCCUGAUAGACCAAACCCGUCCCACGAUUCACAGCACACACAAGAUGAGAGGGGUGCAGCACCAGCCAGCCAAUCAGAAGAGAGGGGCGGGGCCAUAAGAGCACAAGAGGACAGGAGACUCCCACAGAGGGCAUCCUCUGCAUCCAGAAAGAUGGAGAGAAGGGGAAAUGACAGUAAAAAUGACAGAUUUGAUGAGGAUAUUUUGGUUCCUCUCAAUCUCUCCAGGAGAGACAGUCCUCUGAAUCUGUCUGUGAUGACUCGAUCAGACACCCAAUCACCGAGCAGCCUGAUGAAUGAGGGGAUUGUGGGUACAGUGACAUCACAAGAGGACGAUCAUUUAUCUGUAGAGAAAACAGCAGCGUUCGCUCUCUGUCAGCUGGCUCAGUCCAGCGUUUCACACCUGAGCAGAAACAUCAGUUACUCUGAUUCAAGUGUCUGUCAGGAGCAAGAAACAAACCUUCUGACCUCAGCCCAAAGUCCAGCAUCUGAUGUGAGCGAAGCAGCUUCCACUGACUCUAAACCAACUCCAGGUGUGAAACCAGGUGGAGCUGUAGAAGACUCCACCCCUUCCGCUGAUGAUACAGAAGUCUCCGGCCCCUCAUCAAAUAUUCCACAUCAAACAUGGACAAAAAGACAAGGAAAACACAACCUGAAGAGAAAACAGAAGCACAACCUGAGGAAGAGAAUUUGUCAUUAAUGUCAGAAAAUCAACACAAAAACCUAAAAUAAAUCCAGUAAAUGAGAGACUUUAAAUGUUUCAGGGAAACUCAGCUCUUAUAAACUAUCAUGUGAAGCACGGAAUCAUAUGUAUUUAUACUUUUUUACUCUUAAAACUAAGAGGUUGAGGUUGAAGUUUUCAUACUUGAGUGUGAAAUAAAAAAAAUGUUCUAACUGGUCGGAAAUGACUCUUUUUGCAUUCAUAAAUGUUUCAAACCUGCUGGAAGACCAUUUAAACACAGGUCUUAGCUUCAGCAAUAUCUGCGCACAAAUGCAAAUCUGUUUAUGCCAGCAUCACACAUCGAGUGAAGCAGGUGCAUCUGAAACCUGAUAAACCGCUAAAAACCUGCAGCUACA